AUGGCAACCGGGAAGAAGAACACGAAGGGGGAGGAGGAACUGAGGAGGAAGGGCGGCAUGAAGAGAGACAACUUCUGGGAUCGUGUUAUGAAACAAUACAAUGGGAGGCGGGGUUCAUUCCCAAAAAGGACGUUGAGGUCUGUCCAGUCUCGCUGGGAUAAGAUCAAACAAGAAGCAACGAAGUUCGCUGGGUACGUGGCAAAGGCUAUUCGGGAUGACGCUAGUGGGACAUCGGACGUUGAUAAGACAACCUUAGCAGCAUCCGACUUUGCUGCUAUUGAGGGAUACAAUUUUCAGUUCAUGCAUUGCUGGGACCUGAUGAAGGAUGAGCCCAAAUGGCAAGACGUAAAGCAGAGAAGUUCAAAAACAGUUGGUUCUAAUACUAUUGACUUGGAUGGGGAUGAGGCAUCACCAGCAGGCACCGGCAAGAGGCCAAUUGGCAGGGAUGCAGCAAAAGCUUGCAAGAAGAAGUGUCCAUCUGGAUCGACAUCAUCUUCGGAACACGCUUCCAAUAUGCAGAACCUCUCAUUGCAAAAGAUGACAAUGUGGCAAGAAGAAAAUUCAAAGAAAGUAAACCGCUUUGACCAUCUUGCAAGUAUUGAAGAAAAGAGGUUCGAUGAGAUGCGUGAACACAACAAGUCCAUCCUACAGCUUGAGGAGGAGAAGAUAAAGAUCAUGCGCGACAAACUCAAUAUGCAGAUGCAAGAGAAGGAGAGGGAGAGACUUGAAAAAGAGAAGCAAGAAGAUGAGAGGAUUCUUAAGGUGGACCUUGAUUCUUGCGCACCUGAGCUUCGCAUGUAUUACGAGGCGCUUCGUGAGGAGAUACUGCACAAGGUGUCAGCAAGAAGGCAGAGGAGCCGCCAAGCGUGA